ACUGCAAGCGGUCCGCUCCGGAGGCGGCUGCCUGCUUUUUUAUUAUUAUUUUUUUCCCUCCCCUUUCCCCCACAUGCCCUCGCUGAAAACCCGGCUUCCCGCCUGGGCUCAAAACUCCCACAAACAUUUCCUAAUAAGGUUUCGCAGGUAUUGGCCAGCCCGAGUUUUCUGAAGGGCAACCUGUGGUGUGUGUGUGUGUGUGUGUGUGUGAGAGAGAGAGAAUUAACAAGGGACCCCAGGUUGUUGUUGUUGGGUUUUUGUUUUUUUUUUUUGGAAAGCGCCGCUGAGAAAACUUCGCGAGCAAAGAGAGCUUGAAAUCCGGCGGGAGUUUCUAACUCGCUUAUUAUACCUAGCAGCCGCCGGAGGGAUCGCGGACUUAACAUGGGGGAUGUCAAACUGGUAUCGACUCAGAUCUCCAAAGCCACCUUGACUUUGAACCACUCUUCUCUAAGAACUCCCACUGCAACAGAAGCACCAGCAUUUAUUCUACCUCCACGAAAUAUCCAGGUGCCAAUUGGAGGCACAGCAAAAUUUGAAGGACAGGUGAGAGGCAACCCUGAACCUCAGAUCACAUGGUACAGAAAUGAGCACCUUGUCACAGGAGAGCACUGUGUAGCAGAUUGCAGCAUCCGAGGGAUUUUCAGCUUGAUGAUUAAAGGGGUGAAGGAGGAAGAUGGUGGUCUGUAUACAUGUCAGGCCAGAAAUGCUGGUGGGAUUCGCCAGGUGACUGUGGAAUUGACAGUGGAAGGAAAAGUUUUGAAGAAAUAUAACUUGCCUUCCAGUUCCAAAAGUUCUGGGGGUCAGUCUACUGUUCUACCUAUAGAACAACGGCCCAGCAUCUGGGGCGAAUGUCCACCCAAGUUUGCUACAAAACCCAACCGGGUUAUUGUACGAGAAGGACAGAAUGGUAAAUUUUCCUGUAAAAUAACAGGGCGACCUCAGCCUCGGGUCAUUUGGUUCAAGGAUGAAAUUCAAGUGCAGAAAAAUGAUCGUUUUAACAUGUUUGAGAAAGCAGGCAUCCAGUUUUUGGAAAUCCAAAAUAUUCAGCUGGCUGAUGCUGGAAUUUACACUUGUACCUUGAUGAAUAAUGCUGGGAAAGCUUCUGUGACUGCAGAACUCAUGGUUCAAGGUUCUCUAAAAAGGGAUGCAUGUUCUCAACCUCUUUGCACAUCAGUAAAACCCAGUGCCUCUACAAAAUCCACCAUUAUUACCAAAGCUAUUGAAACCUCAGAGAUCAGAAAACCCACUAGCAAUGGGAUAGUUAAAGACCUCAAAUCAACUACUACAGAGCUUUUGCUAGAAUCCAAAGAAAGGCCGUUGGUGAAGAGAGAAAUUCACCUUGCUCCACCCAAAGAAUCCAGAGAGACUCAGUUGCAACAAGUGAAAGAACCCAGCAGAGAGCCACCUAAAGAAGACAAGAAAGGCCAACAGGUUCUGCAGAAAACAUCAAGCACUAUAACUCUUCGCUCUGUGAAAAUACAGCCCGGACCAAAGGCAGAAUUGAAGGCAGUUUCCUCUGAACAGGAAGUUAAUGGAGAAAAAACAAAGCAAUUACUGGCAGCGGAUUGGCAGGCUGCUUUAUCUACCAAGCCAGAUAAUCUGACCUCUGAAGAAUUGGAAAAUCAUAUUGGGUUAAAGAAGAGUGCAGCAGAAAUAAAGAUUCAGAGAAUCCCUCCACAAUUUGAGUGUCGGCCUCAAAGCCAAGAAGCAUUAGAAGGAGAAGUGGUUACAUUUAGAUGCAGAGUUUCAGGGAAACCCAAGGCAACUGUUGAAUGGUUCAAAGAAGGAGCCCUUCUGGAAACGGGAGACGGCAUCCUGAUAUAUGAAGAAGAUGGAGUCCAUUGUUUAUGCCUGAAAAAUACUCAGCUGGAAGACAGUGGAUUUUACUCUUGCAAAGCUUUCAAUCCUGCAGGACAAGCUUCAACCAGGUGGCUAUUAACAGUAAAAAGACCUAAAGUGAAGGAGGUACCUCCCCAUUUUCUCCGAGUCUUGAAAUCCUGCCACGUGAGUGAAGGGCAAGAUUUUACCCUUCGGUGCUCAGUUGAGGGGAUACCUGUUCCUCAGAUCACCUGGCUCCUUAACGAUCAACAAAUUCAGUAUGUGUGUUCUGACUUUGAAGAUGGAAUUGCGAAAUUGACUAUUCAAGAUGCUUUACCAGAAGAUGAUGGAGUAUAUACUUGUCUGGCAGAAAAUGCUGCUGGAAAAGCUUCCUGCUGUGCUCAGGUUACUGUUAAAGCAGAAAAGAGGAGCAGAAUUAAACUAGAAAGUGCACAUCCAGUUGCAGCCAAUAAAACCUUUCCUCCAGUCCUCCUGAAAGGCCUAAGUGAUCUCAAGGUAAUGGAUGGAAGCCAAGUGAUUAUGACAGUAGAAGUUUCAGCUAAUCCACCCCCUGAAAUAAUUUGGCUUCACAAUGGUAAAGAAAUCCAGGAAACAGAGGAUUUUCACUUUGAGAAGAAGGGCAAUGUGUAUCGCCUCUGUAUCCAAGAGGUAUUUCCUGAGGACACAGGAGAAUACACCUGUGAGGCCUGGAAUGACUUGGGAGGAAUUCAUACUGAAGCAACCCUGACUGUACAAGAACCUCAGGAUGGUAUUCAGCCAUGGUUUAUUAGCAAACCACAGUCAGUGAGAGCAGUAGUGGGGCAGAACGUCAUUAUUUCUUGUGCCAUUGCUGGAGAUCCAUUCCCCACAGUUCAUUGGUUCAAAGAUGGAGAGGAACUAACGACAGAAGCAGGCUAUGAAUUCCUACAAAAUGAAGACAUCUUUACCUUGAUUAUAAGGAAUAUUGAACCUUGUCAUGCUGGCCAGUAUGAAAUACAACUCAGAAACCCUGUUGGAGAAUGCAACUGUCAGGUAUCUUUGACGCUGGGAGAAAGUCCAUUUUCCACAGAAGGAGUACAAAAAAAUGGGAGGCAGAAAGUACGACAAGAGGCUGAUUGUGGAGAGGAUGCACUGACAUUCAGAAACAUCAGUGGCUCCUUCAGGAGGAAUACUGGGGAAGGCCAGCAAGUUGAGGAAGAGCAGGAAAUUGUCCGUGGAGUGCUUAAAAGACGAGUAGAAACCCGAGAGAGCACAGAGGAAAAGCUAAGGCAACAGGAGGCUGAGCAGAUUGACUUCCGGGACAUUUUGGCAAAGAAAGUUAACACCAAAAGUUUUUCUGAGGAGGAGUUGAAGGAAAUCCCAGCCAAACAAAUGGACUUCCGUGGUACCCUGCAACGGCAGGUCAAGCCGAAAACCUUUUCAGAAGAAGAAAGGAAGGUCCAUGCUCCACAACAGGUAGACUUUCGUGGAGUAUUGGCAAAAAAGGGCACUCCUAAACCUUCCUUACCAGACAAGGCAGCAGGUUCAAAGCCAAGCGCCCCAGAUUUUAGAUCUGUGCUUGCUGCGAAGAAAAAAACACCAACUGAGAACGGUGGCCCUGGGACUCAAGUCCAGAAUGUGAAUGCCAACUCUGAAGUGCAGAAAUCUAGUGCCAGCAACAAAGUGCCAGACAUCAGCAUCACCUCUAAAAAUCCUGUGACAUCCAAGAAGUUGGACGCUGUCAAUGCUACUUCUAAAUUACCAAAGACCAGCACCGUUUCAGAGUCCCAGGAUACCAGCUCUAGAUAUAAAACACAGAAUGCUAGCACCAAGAAUGAAAACCAAGUUACUAACUCCAACUCUGAAAAGUCACAUGUUAAAUCAAGGGAGAAAGAGAGUAAGAAUGACAGUAAUUGCAAAGGUGACUGCCCACCAGAAGUAGAUGGACGGAUAACUGAAAAUAAAGGAAAAGAUAACAAAAUAGAGCCUGAGGGAAUAGCACCAUCCUUUACUGAAAAGCUUCAGGAUACCAAAGUAGUAGAAGGUGAAAAACUGGUCUUGCAAUGUCAGGUUUCCUCAGAUCCACCUGCUACUAUCAUCUGGACUCUGGAUGGCAAAGUCAUCAAAUCAUCAAAGUUUAUUGUUCUCUCCCAAGAAGGCUCAUUGUGCUCCCUGACCAUUGACAAGGCCUUUCCUGAGGAUGACGGCCAGUACAAAUGCAUAGCUGAGAAUACUGCAGGGAAAUCAGAAUGCAUUUGCAGCGUCUUGGUGGAAGAGUCUUUAAAGUCAAUGGAAAAGAAGACCAAAAAGCCAAAGACUUCACUGGGUUCUGUGCAUGGAACAGAAAGUGAGGCAACUGUAAAGAAGAAACCAGCUCCAAAGACUCCACCCAAAGCAGCUCUUCCUCCUCAGAUUGUUCAGUUCCCAGAAGACCAGAAAGUAAGGUCUGGUGAAUCAGUAGAGCUAUUGUGCAAAGUAUCAGGAACCCUGCCUUUAACCUGUACUUGGAUGAAAUUUCGGAAGCAGCUCCAAGAAAAUGAACACAUCAAAAUUGAGAAUGCUGAGAAUAGCAGUAAGCUAACCAUUUCCUCCACAAAGCAGGAACAUUGUGGCUGUUAUACUUUAGUAGUGGAAAACAAGCUGGGUAGUAAGCAAGCCCAAGUUAAUCUUACAGUUGUAGAUAAGCCUGAUCCUCCAGCAGGAACUCCCUGUGCAUCUGACAUUCAGAGUUCUUCCCUCACCCUUUCAUGGUAUGGCUCCUCGUAUGACGGUGGAAGUGCAGUGCAAUCCUACAGUGUGGAAAUAUGGGACACAGUAGACAAGAAAUGGACAGAACUCACCACUUGCCGCAGCACUUCAUACAGUGUCAAAGAUCUUCUAGCUGACCGGGAGUACAAAUUCAGGGUGCGAGCUGCUAAUGUGUAUGGGAUCAGCGAGCCAAGUCACGAAUCUGAGCUAGUAAAAGUAGGAAAGAAAGAAGAAGGCUCUAAAGAAGAAGAAGAAGCUGAAGGAUCUGAUGAUGAAGCGAAAGAAACAGAAAUGGAUUAUCGGACAGUGUCUAUCAAUACAGAACAAAAAGUUUCAGAAUUCUACCAUGUUGAAGAAAGAUUGGGAUCAGGGAAAUUUGGACAGGUUUUCCGGCUUGUUGAGAAAAAAUCUGGAAAAGUUUGGGCAGGAAAAUUUUUUAAAGCGUAUUCAGCUAAGGAUAAAGAAAACAUAAGACUAGAGAUCAGCAUAAUGAACUGUCUGCACCAUCCAAAACUUGUCCAGUUGGUAGAUGCUUUUGAAGAGAAAGCUAACAUUGUCAUGGUAUUGGAACUUGUUUCUGGAGGAGAGCUCUUUGAAAGAAUAAUUGAUGAGGACUUUGAACUGACAGAGAGGGAAUGCAUUAAAUACAUGAAACAGAUCUCAGAAGGUGUACAAUUCAUUCAUAAACAAGGCAUUGUUCAUCUGGACUUGAAACCUGAAAAUAUUAUGUGUGUCAACAAAAUCGGUACAAGAAUCAAGCUGAUUGAUUUUGGACUUGCACGAAGAUUAGAAAAUGCAGGUUCUCUGAAGGUCCUCUUCGGAACACCAGAAUUUGUGGCUCCAGAAGUUAUAAAUUAUGAACCUAUUGGCUAUGCUACUGAUAUGUGGAGCAUAGGAGUCAUUUGCUACAUCUUGGUAAGUGGACUUUCCCCUUUCAUGGGUGAUAAUGACAAUGAAACUUUAGCUAAUGUUACCUCAGCCACUUGGGAUUUUGAUGACGAAGCUUUUGAUGAGAUAUCAGAUGAUGCUAAAGACUUCAUAAACAACCUUCUAAAGAAAGAUAUGAGGGACCGCUUGAAUUGUACUCAGUGCUUACAGCAUCCAUGGCUGCAAAAAGACACCAAACACAUGGAAGCCAAAAAACUCUCCAAAGAUAGGAUGAAAAAAUACAUGGCUAGAAGAAAAUGGCAGAAAACAGGGAAUGCUGUUCGUGCCAUAGGAAGGCUGUCUUCUAUGGCAAUGAUUUCUGGCCUGAGUGGACGGAAGUCCUCUUCAAGUUCACCAACCAGUCCUGUUAAUACAGAGAUUGAAGUUGGAGAUGAAACAGCCAGCUCUCUCUUAGAAGCAGUUGAUGAAGAAAGGUCUCAUGUGAAGCCCUUUUUCUCUAAAACAAUUCAAGAUAUAGAAGUUGUGGAAGGAAGUGCUGCUAGAUUUGACUGUAAAAUUGAAGGUUACCCUGACCCGGAAGUGAUUUGGUACAAAGAUGAGCAAUCUAUCAAGGAAUCCCGGCAUUUCCAAAUUGACUAUGACGAAGAUGGCAACUGCUCUUUGAUUAUUUCUGAAGUUUGUGGGGAUGACGAUGCCAAAUAUACUUGCAAGGCAAUUAACUGUGUGGGAGAAUCAACUUGUACAGCAGAACUUAUUGUGGAAACAUUGGGGGAAGAGGAAGAGGAAGAAGAAUGAAUCAACAGAAGAGGAGAAAAAUCACUCAGUUGAAGACUCUUUAAUGCUCAUGUAGUGUGACAUUAGGUCAUAGUUUUCUUGAUUUGUUUUAUCAGCAGUGUGGCUGACACCUGUUUUAUUUAUGGGCAUUAACUUGAAUUAACAAGCACUUUAGUUGGCUGUUGUGCUUGGAUUUAGUUUAAGUUAAAGCAUCGGUUGCAUAGCCCAGACAACGAAUGUGAACACACCAUAUGAAGCUAAUCUGCUAGAAUCAACCAUUUCUUUCGUAAACAUAUGAUCAGGCGAGAGGAACUGGAUAAGUAUACUAAUUGUUUCAUCAAGCAAUAUAGCUAGCAAAAAUGCAUCUUUGGUGUUCUGUGACACCAUUGAAGUAUGUAUGAAUGAAGUACAUUUGGAGCAAUAAAAUUUUAACUGCAAGGGGCCCACUGGAAAUACAAGAGUAACACAGAAAGUUUCCUGAUGGGAUGCAACCUUAGACUCUAGUUGGCUUCUCUUUAUCAAACAGAUACUAAAUAUAGAUAAUUAUCUCAAUGCCAUCUUUGCAACACUUUGCCAUAUUCAGUUUUAGUGGGUUUUUUUCCCCACCAGUGGCAUCCCAUUAACAGCAUUUUGUGUCUUUCUUAACUUUCCCCUUGAGAGUUAUUUGUAAAUUCAGAUCAGAAAACCUCAAUUUCAGAGUAAGUUAUUUUAGGUUUCUCCAAAAUAAAACUAAUACAGUUUUGAGUCCAGGCAAAAUAGCUUGACAGUUCGGUAGAUUGCAUCUUAAAUCCUGUUUAGAAAAUGAAAGACAUUUUCCCUAUUUUUCUUUGUAGCAGUUGAGCUGAGUGGUGGAUUUUCCUAGUGAGUUGUAUGUUAUUAUGAUCAUCAUGGUAACAGUAAGAGCAAAAAUGAAAAAAGAAGAAAAAGUUGCAGAUACAAUUUGUAACCAAGUUGGCUAGCACGCUUGGUGUGUUGGCUGAAAUUCUACAUUAACCCUGCUGUGGUGAAAGAUGCCAGGUUGCGUCACCAUAAGCUCAUUUGGUACUGAAUGGCUUUCUUUGAAGGACGGGAAAAAAUCUUAAUUAAUACUCUGUCCUGAUUGCAGAUUUCUAUUUGCAUCACUGCUCUGAAUGCCAAAAGGAAAAUGUGUCACUUUAUCAGAACAAAGUAAAAGGUUUUGACACAUAGACUUGCUGGAAACGAACAGUAUAUUAUGAAACAUCAAUGGCUGUGUGAUGCAAUUCCGGUUUAUUUGUAUCAUUAUUUUGCUCUUAUUAGAAAUAUUUGCCAAAAACUGGAUAGUCAGAAAAGAGAGUUCGGUUACAAGGUCCUCUACAAGUUCCAACAAACACAAACUCAGUAUUUGUGAGGUUGAUGUCUUCCCGGUAAAUAAAUACAUGCAAACAAAGAUGCACCUGAUGGUUAAAAAAUAUGUACCUUCCUCCAAAUCGAUUAACACAUUCAGAUUUUUCCGUGUUGCUUUCCUUUCACAGUUAGCAGUCAUUCAACACCUAACAGUACCUGUCUACACUUAGUGCAUCAUUCCAACUCUUAAGGCUUUUCUCCACUUUUUCUGCAAGAUGCAAAUAUUUUCAGCAUAACCAUUGGCUUCAUUAAAGAACACAGAGAACAAAUUUUGCAUUAGCUUCUCAAGGCAGAAGAGGAAAGUUAAGUAUACUUCAAUAUAGAUACAUACAGUAUCUUUAGAACGUUUGAUCUUAUUACUGUAGUCUUACAUGUUCUGUAUUUGCUUGUCUGCCUGUUGGAAUGCAGAUAUUCAAAAUUCCAUUUAUGAUAUGUACUCACAUUUGCUGUGGGGUUUUUUUAUUACUGCUUUCGCUGUUUCUUAGUUGAACUUAUCAGCAUGUCCUCUUUUUAAGUGGAUGAGAAACUUUUGUUAUAAUAAAACACAGUCAUUGCCAGUUUGCCACACAUUGUUAUAAGGCAAUUUUAAUAUUAUUUAGUGCAUACAAGGCAUUUUUUCACAUGUUUUCAAUGUGUUAAGAAAACAGUGGGGUGUAUUUUUGUAUAUCUUAAUUAAAAAAAUAUGCUAAUGUUUUCUGGUGUCUUAAACAGAGAGGGAAUAUUCGAGAACACUACAGCUGUAGUUACUCACAAUUUCUCAAUAAAUACGUAUCACAAA